AUGCCAUUGCAAGAGAAAUUAGAUUUUUUUAAGAAACAAGAUGCAGCUGCCAGAGUCAUUCAGCAGGCCUGGAAACGUUUUCUUGAUGUUGCUGUAUACAAACACUUUAAAAGUGUGAUUAAUAUAAGAAGACAAGGGGAGCCACAUCAAAUAGUGAGAUAUAUUAAUCCUAAAGAGGCCAAUCUUUUAGAUGCUGCUGCUGGCGUUAUUGUACGAUUCAGAUUAGGUGGGGUUAAAUUUCCACCCAACAUAUACUAUAAAAUUUUCACUCACAGACAUAUCGAAGAUCUGUGUGCCAACAGCCCUAGAGAUUACACAAAACUUCUACCAAAACAUACGUCACAUGUUAAAAGUGAUACUCUCCAGAAAGAUGACAAUAGUGGCUGGUAUCGUCGCAUAGAGAACAAUGGCUGGAGACCUGUUUCUGAUAGAUUUUGGAUGCCUGCUGAAAAUGUAAUGCUGGGAGACAGUAAGGAAAGUGAAUUCCAUUUCUCUAAACUAAAGAGAAGGAAAGAUUUGGAAAAGAAAAGAAAAAUUAGAAAAAUAGAAUGGAUGAGGCAAAUGUACUAUACAGGACGUCUGGAAGCUAAAUCAACAAAUUAUGAAACUAUAGGUUUAAUUCACACAGCAACAAAAGGGCUAAUAAGAGCUAUUGAAGAUGGUGGAAUAGAUUCUGUGAUGGAUUGGGAAGUGGAUGAAGUGCUGCACUGGACAAAUACACUGAACUUUGAUGAGUAUAUUGCCAACUGGAAGGAAAUUGCAACAAGCAACUCUUCAGCUAACUUCAAAGGCUUCAGUUUUCAGCAAGCACAGAAAACGUGUGACUAUGAAGAUGUGUCAGAGAAUGAGAUGGAAACACCAGAUGACCAUUCCUAUGAAAAUGUUUAUGCAAGAUCACAUUUUUCUAGACUAACGCCUGAGUCCACUUAUGGAAUGUAAAGUACUUUUCUCUGAGCCUUUCAAGCCCUGCAUCUAUCAGUUAUAACCAAGAGGCAAUUUAUUCCACUGGAAUGACUUGUGUAUUCUUGGCACAGAACCUAGCCCAAGGAAGGAAGGAAAAUUGAACAGAAACAGAAUACUGAACUCAAUAAAGCUGUCAUGGGAAAUAUAGAAAUCAGCCCUACUAUUCUGAGAAACUAGUAUUUAAAAAAUCAGUUAAAUAAAGUUAUGACACUUAGUGGCAAAAGAUCUUCAGAUUAUUUUUAUUUGAAGCAUUUAGUACAUUGUGUAAGGUAGAGCUGUAUUUCUAUUUAUCCCAUAUCCAAAUGCACCUUGCUUCUUCCUUCCUUGACUCUGUUUUCUUUUCAUUUUCCACU